AUGAGCACCGGUAAUACAGGGACAGACAUAACCAUCGAUGAAGUGGACUAUAUCGACGAGAAGGGGACUUGUUUCCGAAUCGUCGGUGAAAGUCCGGUAUCGCAAUACGAACGAAUCCCAUUACCAGACCUGAAAAUGUGGGAGGGUGGCGGAUGGGGCAAGGGUAGGAGGAAGAUCAAGAUGUCGGAAAGGAGUCAACUCGAUCAAGAGCGGGUUCGCGCCAUCACCUCGGGAGAACCUUCCUCCUCUCAGCAGGCCGGUACUAUGACCAACGAGCAAAUGAUGCAGUUCUACAACAGCAUGACCCCCGAGCAGCUUCAGUACUAUGGAGGCUACGACACCCAGUACGGGGGUGGUAGUAGCAUGACGCUUUCGUCUCAGCAAGAGAUGGAGAUAAUGGGUCAAGUGUACGGCGAGACGAUGAGUAAUCAGCCUUCGUCCAUGGCCAGCUAUAAUCCAGAGCUGGAUGAAGGGUCUGCUCUUGCACAGCAGUUUGGUGAACUCUGGUGGCAGAGCAGCGAAAUGGGAAAGAAGAAACGUAGCAAGAAAUAG